UGCUAAACAAAGCCAGAACCUUUCUUUUUAUUUUCCCCCGUGCUGUAACGUACAUAUAGCCUAAAGGCGUUCAAGCACUCUUGACAAAUAAAGAGGCCUGUGAAAGUGGAGAUAAAGAGGGAGGGAGGGACAGAGAGGGAUCUCAACCAGAUCAAAUCAAAAUCCCAGUUUGGGAUUUCUUUGAUUUGGGUUCUCUUGCAUAGCAGAAUUAGGUUAACCUAUCCAUCUCUGGCUGCGUUUAACCAUAUUGUUUUUCUCAUUCUCUGCCGCUAUAUAUUUCUGACACAAUGGAUGCUGAGAAGAAGUACAUUACCGUCGAGGAGCUCAAAAGGCACAACAAGCCAGGGGAUUUGUGGAUCUCCGUGCAAGGUAAGGUUUACGAUGUCACAGGUUGGGCUAAGGAGCAUCCUGGUGGGGAUAUUCCGUUGUUGAAUCUUGCUGGCCAAGAUGUCACCGAUGCGUUCGUUGCCUAUCAUCCUGGUACCGCAUGGAAAUAUCUGGACAAGCUCUUCACUGGGUAUUACCUCGAGGAUUUCCAGGUUUCCGAUGUGUCCAGAGAUUACAGGAGGCUCGCAUCGGAGUUUUCGAAAUUGGGCCUUUUUGAAAAGAAAGGGCAUGUCACUUGUUAUACUCUCACAUUUGUUGCUGUCAUGUUCCUCGUUGUUCUCUAUGGUGUUUUGAGAUGCACUAGCGUGUGGGCGCAUUUGGGUUCUGCUAUGUUGUUGGGUUUGCUUUGGAUGCAAAGCGCGUAUGUGGGUCAUGAUUCUGGUCACUAUGAGGUGAUGUCCAGCCGGGGUUAUAACAAACUUGCUCAAAUAAUUUCUGGAAAUUGCUUGACUGGUAUAAGCAUUGCCUGGUGGAAGUGGACUCACAAUGCGCAUCACAUUGCUUGCAAUAGUCUUGAUUAUGAUCCUGAUCUGCAACACAUCCCUGUUUUUGCUGUAUCUUCCCGUUUCUUCAAUUCCAUGACAUCUCGUUUCUAUGGUAGGACCUUGAAGUUUGAUUCUCUGUCCAGGUUCCUUAUCAGUUACCAGCACUGGACAUUUUACCCUGUAAUGUGCCUGGGCAGGAUUAACCUGUUCAUUCAGACGUUUCUGCUUUUGUUCUCAAAACGCCCUGUCCCAGAUAGAGCCUUGAACAUAAUGGGAAUUCUUGUGUUCUGGACCUGGUUCCCUCUCCUGAUUUUUUGCCUGCCAAAUUGGCCUGAAAGGGUCAUGUUUGUGCUAGCUAGCUUCUCAGUCACGUCCAUUCAGCACAUUCAAUUCUGUCUGAACCAUUUUGCUGCUAAUGUAUAUGUUGGGCCACCAAAUGGUAAUGACUGGUUUGAGAAGCAGACUAGUGGCACAUUGGAUAUCUCUUGUUCUAGCUGGAUGGACUGGUUCUUUGGUGGCUUGAAUUUUCAGCUUGAGCACCAUUUGUUCCCAAGGCUUCCUAGGUGCCAAUUGAGGAAGGUUUCUCCCUUGGUGAUUGACCUCUGCAAGAAGCAUAAUUUGCCUUAUAGGAGCUUGUCGUUCUUGGAAGCCAACAGAUGGACCAUUAGGACUCUCAGAACUGCUGCUCUGCAGGCCAGGGAUCUGGCUAACCCUGUGGUCAAGAAUUUGUUGUGGGAGGCUGUUAAUACUCAUGGCUGAGCAAUAUGGAUCAGAAGAACUGGUUAACAUCUCUAUCUUCUCUCUCUGUUCCUUUUCCCCCUAUUUCUUUUUUUAGUUUUUUGCCCUUAAAUUUCUUUCCCCGGGGCACAGAAAAACUCUGCAGUUCAUGUACUUGGCAUCUAUUUAUACAUUAUUCAGAUUUUGGUUGCAUUUUCA